AUGUACACCAAGGCUACUCUUCUCUCGGCCAUCCUGGCGGUCGCCGAGGCUCGUUUCGGCCAGGAACAGAUCCCCGUUGCCGCCGUCUCGGCCCUUACCGCCUUCGGCAGCCCCGGAGACGCCGGGACUCUCUCCGGCUCGGUACCGGGCGUGCUGCUUGCCGCUGCCGACCCGUGCGAAAAGCUGUCUCUCGCAGACAAGAUCGUGUCGACGCUGGGCAAUGACGCCCAGGUGAUCGCUGCUGCGCAGGGCGUUGUCGCCGCUGAACAGAACUUCAACCCCUUCUCCGUCAGCGUCCCCAACAUCUGCGGCGACGCCACUCUGCCGGCCACCGCGGAGUUGCGAGGCAUCGUGCCUCUGGUUGACCCCGCCGUGGGCGGCUCCGACACGGAGAACGCCCUAUCUGCCUCGUCCCUCAAGACUCCCUUGGACGCCACAGGUCUCAGUGUCGCCGAAGUCAUGGAGUCGCAGGGCUUCUCCAAUUUCACCGUCGAUGGGGCCGCUGCUGGGGCCGCUGCAGGUGGCGACGCAACCGGCGAUGCUGCAACGAGCAGUGCCGCUUCCGCUACCACUUCUCUUGUCUGUGGAGGCGGUGCGGCCACGGCAGCCACGUCGUCCUCGCCAGCAACCGCCGCUUCGACCGCCGCCGCAGCCACCUCGACGGCUGUCUCAGGCGGUGCAGCGGCCACCGCGGGUGCCGGCGCGGUAACAAAUGCUGUCACGGGAGACUUUGCCGGCUUCCAGGCGUCGUCCCUCGGCCUCGACUUCGGAACCUGCACACCCACGGUCAAGUUUGAAGAGUCCCUCGACGGGCGGAAAGCCGGCGAGUUCACGUUCCAAGCCCAGGACCCGGUGGUCAACAAGGGCCAGGAGGAGGCGCUGAACCCCAACAUCAUCUUCAACCGCAUCUGCGACCAGCUCACCAACGUGUGCAGCGCUGCGGCGGACGCUAUCACUGCGUGUAAGGCUGCCCAGGCUUCUCUCGGCGGUGGUGCCAAGGACGUGACCACGGCGAACGCGUGGAACACGGCCCUUGGUUUUGAUGGUGCCAACAUCAACCCUGACAACGCUCCUCAGACAGGUCUGAUUGGCCACACCUAG